UUUUUAUCAACUUGAAUGACCUUUGUAUCAUUUUAUUGGCCGUUCAAUGUCGACCGAAGUGAUAGUUUUGCCACCUUUUAUCAGUUUUUGUCAAUUGAUUGCAUUUUUUCGAUUAUAAUAAAAACAAGCAUACUCAAGAUAGUCAGUUCAGUCUUAAGCGUCGUACAAUUAGGAACGUUCAUAUUGUUAGAAAAUAACAAAAUGGCCACUGAUCAAGUUAACCAAAAUGAAAUUACUGGCCCUACCUGUAUGCAAUCAGUCAACAGGAUUACCAAAUUGCCAACUGUUGAGACCACUAUACAAACGGCAACAAAUAUCUACGAAAAAGUCAAGGAGUACAAUGGUUUGACUAACUGGACACUUUCCACCGCGGAGAGCACAGUACAAAAAGCUGUGGAAGUCAGCAAACCUAUCACAGACCCGGUACUAAGCACUUUGGAAGGUUCAAUUAAAAAAGUAGAUGGUGUCCUUUGUUCAGGAUUGGAUUACGUCGAAGAAAAAGUUCCGGCUGUAAAAUUGCCUCCAGGAGAAAUACUUCUCCAGAUCUACACCAACACUAAGGAAUACGUUAACAACGCCGUAACACCCGCCGUGGAAUGCGCCUAUGCAUAUGCUGGACAAGCCAAAGAAAUUGUUGAGCCCAAAAUCAAGCAAGCCAAGGAUCUGGUUGAUCCAGUUGUUCAAACCGCCAUGCACAAAUUGGAACCAGCCGUGUCAGCUGUACAACCGACAGUUACAGCCGCCAAAAACAUUGUGGAACCGCUCGUCCAACCUGCAAUGGAAAAAGCACAACAGUUGAAGGACUAUGGCAAACAGAAAGUUGAUGAAUACUUGCACAAGGGUCACUCAAAACAAGAUGAUGAUAUUGUUGAGUGUCAGGAAUGCCAGGAUGUUAGAGAGAACAUGGAGAAGAAAUCUGCUGAAUAAUAUUUAUUAUUUUUGAUGAUUUAUUUAUAUUGUUUUAAAGUGAAUAUGUGCCACUUUGUCUAAGACUGUUCAAUUAAUUUUACAUGUGUUUUUAGAUUGUAUUUUUAGUAUUGGAUUUAAAAAUGUUUUAAAUAAAUAUUUCCCACUGUUAUUUUAAGAGAAAUACAUUUUAAUAGAUAAAUGAA